ACACAUAGAUUUGCCGAAUGGUCGGUCGGUCGGUCGCUCGCUCUUUGCGCCUUUGCUUAUGAGUGAGUGGUCUUCUCCGGCGGCGUUUGGUUGGAUUGAACGGUGUUUUGCUUUGUACGGCUCUGCGCUGCACAUGUCUGCCGAUGUGUUGGUGCUCACUGUGAACCGCGCGACCCAUUCGAGGAGCCACUAGACGUGAGAAGUUGAAAAAAAAUAAAUAUUUGUGUGUGUGUGUACACAUUUUAAUAUGUGUAUACAACAAUAUUUCUAAGGUGAUUUUCUUCAUAUUAAAUGUUUCAGAUGCAUUUUUCCGUGCUCUCGCACGCCAAAAAGGCAGCCAUUUUGACUACUCUCGGUGUGCGCUUGAUUGUGUCGCAGCGGAGACCGGGUCCCGUUUCAGUAGAGCCGACCGACCGACCGACCGAUAGUGUAGAGGGACUGAAUGGGAAUGAAAAGAGACACAUACGGAAGCGCGACAAAACGAGCGGCGGCCAGACCGUGCAGAAUACGCAAAGACAACGACCGCGUUCGACUUUUCUCCUGUGAACUAAUCAAGUGGAAUUACACUGGAUAGCAUAUUUUCCGGAUUGAUCGGUAUGAAAAAUAGUGUUUUCAGUGGAAUUUAGCGUCCAACUAUUGAACAUGAAACAUCGCAAGGAGGAAGAAAUCUAUGUGCUAUAAUCAUAUAUCAAAAAGGAAAAAAAUAUAGAAAUUAGUGCUGGUGCGAACAUCUGCGUUCGGUUAUUCGAAGUGAGGUAUGAUGAAAGGAAAGAAAAAUAUCAAAUAAGUCCCAUUAUCUUCCUCGAUACCUGUACCGAGUGUUAAAGAAUAAUUCAAAUAAUCGAUAUCGUUAGUAGUGAGUGUUGCGGGAAGAGGCACCAAAAUCGGAAUCUGGUUUCGGAGCCGAAGCUCUGCAAUCAGUGUCUAUGUGUGAGUGAAAACAACACCCCAGUUGGAAUAAGAAGAAAGGGGGAAAAUUGAAGGAAACAACAACAACACCAAAAAAAACAACCCAAGAAAUGUUUCCCAAGUGAUGUAAGAAAGCAGCAGUGGACAGAAGGAGUCACAAAUCACGUGCGAACGCCGAGUACAGCUACAUAUCGACUAGUACCAGGAGCAGCAGUGUAGAAACCAGGGGAGAAUCGCGCAAAAUCUGGUUUUCUCUCCUUGAGAAAACCUGGGAUCGGUGUUGUAGUCGUCGUCGUCGUCGCGGUUGCAACUCGCACGACACACACACCUGUCAAGAUUGGGAAGAUGGACAAAGAUGGUGACAAGAAGGGUGGUGACAAAAAAGGUGGGCAAUCCGGAGCCGGCUUGGGAGGCGCAGCCGGUGUUCCGGAUCCUGCCUCACUACUUGACGCCGCUUCGUUAUUCGCCUACUGGGGUCGUGACCCGUCGGCGAUGGCCGCAGCAGCAGCUUCGAAUCAGCUCUUCGGUUCCCAGUUCGGAAUGCCUGGUGGACUCGGAGGCCUAAUGCCAAAUGCAGCAGCUGCAGCAGCAGCCGCAGCCUCCGGGGGUGGCUCGGAUCGCUAUUCGAUGUCUCACUCGCACCCGAACACGAUGGCAGUAGCCGCCUCGCAGGCAGCCUCCCUCGCCGGUCUGCAUUCCAGUUGGUGGUCUAUGGCCCAACUGGCGGCACAGGACUACUUCGCCCGGCUGCAAGCAUCCGGCAUGUCGCAGUUGCAGUUUCCGCAUGGUGCUGAUCUGAGCGGUGCAUUUCCCGGUGGUUUGGGAAGUCUCGGCGCAAUGGGGGCAGCCGGGGCAGGUGCUGGCGCCGGUGGUUCUGGUGGUGCCACGGGAGGCGGCGGUGUUGGUGGAUCAAAUGGAAAAGGCGGUGGUGCUGGGAAGGGGAAAAAGCGCGAUCGCAGCAGUAACAGUAACAGUAGUAACGCCAGCAGCAGUGGAGGGGCUGGCGGAGUGAAUUCCUCUUCCUAUAAGAACUCAUCUUCCCCUUCGGUGUCGCAGGCGGCAGCAGCCGCGGCCUACAAGCAGUCAUUGUACAGCCAAGCCACCCUGCACAAAGAACUGAUGGCGAUCACGGCUGCAGCUGCUGCAGCGCAAAGCCAACAGCAGCAAACUUCUUCCGGCGGUGGUAGUGGUGGUGGUGGUGGUGGUGGCGGCGGCACUGUCGGUAACCAAUCAGGUUCAUCCAAAUCCAAGUCGUCCUCGUCGUCGCAUAACAGUAGCGGCGGAAGCAGAGGUGUCGGUAGCAACCUAGGAAACGAUGUUCUGUCGCUAACGCGAGGGUCCUCUUCGUCGCCAUCGGUUAACUCGUCCAAAUCACAGCCAUCACCGAGUGUCACCAUCAGUGCCAGUACUAUGCCUAACUCGUCACCCGGAAAUCAUCUGCAGAAUAUGUCACGUUCCGGAAAGGACACUGGUAAGGGUGGCGGCGGUGGUGGCAGCAAUUCAGUGGCGGAUUUAGGUCUCAGUGCAUCAAUGAAUGCCCUCAAUACACUAUCUCAGUUUGGCAAUCUGGAUCUAUCUACGCAGCAAAAUGUCACGGCAACUAUGAAUGCCCUGGCAGCAAGCUCUGCUAAGGCGAAAGACUAUAUGUCCUCGGGAAUACUCAAUGAUCCGUCCUCGCUACUAGGAGUGCGUCUACCACCGGACACCGAAAUCAUCAAAUAUACCAGCUCGAUCGUUGGCCCGAAGGUACCGGGAUCAACCGGUCGUGGACGUAAGAAACCCGUAUCGUUAGAUGAAAGUUCAAUUUUUGCUCAAUUACAUGGUUUAAGUACAGCCAAACGAGCGAGACUGGAUUCGAAUGAUUUCGGACAGCAAGGCGGGCUCGGUAGUUCCGGGUCCGGUAGUGGCAAUAGCGCUGGUAACAGCGGAGCUGGCAGCAGCUUAUCCGGUCAUGGAGUGGGGGGUUCUAGUGGUGCUUCUGGUGCAGGAGGAAACAAUGAUCGAAUCGAAGUCAUCAAAUUACCUCCCACGAUUACGUCCAAUGGCGUAUAUAAUGCUGGAAAAGGAAAAGAUCAGAUGACUGAUUCGGUAAACGAAUGGGCCGGACUUAAUCUCAGUGCUAAGUCUUCAUCGUCGAUUGCAUCUUCGUUGGCAGUGGCGGCAGCAGCUGCGGCCGCCCAAGCGGUUGUCAACGAUCAACAGGACGAUGCACCGCUUAACCUUUCAAUGAAACCUUCCAAAGCGUCAGACAGUCGCGAAUCGCCAGUUCCGCCAUCCGGUUCUACGACACCUAGUGCCAACAGCUUACAGAGCCUCAGCACAAUAACAGCUGCGUUGGGAGCAUCUGGUGGAGCUGGCUCUUGCAAUUCCGAUACGCCACGAUCCCGUCGAAAAUCCAACAACAAGAGCCGUUCGGCUGCUGCAGCCUAUGCGUCCUCGCUGGCCACCGGGGCCGCUCUGGGUGGCAGUGCUUCAUCCGGUGACAGCAAUAGCGCUUUGAAUAGUAGCAUCAGUUCGCUGCUAUUGGCUGCCAGUGGUGGAGCUGGCGGCAGUAGCGGUGGUGGCAGCUCCGCCACCAGUGGCAACGGAACACAACCGACCGGUGGAAGCGCUGUCACCGGAGCUGGUGGUGGCGGCGGUGGUGGUGGCGGUGUUGGUGGUAACGGCGGUUCCAGUGGUGUGAACAACCAUCUGGCUGCCCAGCUUGGACUCAACAGUUCCCUGUCCGAGCUGUUGAAGAUCUCCAAUUACGAGGAGUACGAUUAUGCGGCACUUGCAGGAUCUCAAUUCAAGGAAGGCCGUCCACGUAAUCUUGGCCGAGGAGUUUCCAAACCGAAGAAGAAUACGGUGGCAUCUCUGUUAGCUCAGAGCCGUGCAGUAGGAUCGAAACCUCUUACCGCGCAGCAACUGCUUACACAGGAAGCUGAAAUAGAAAAACUUCGCCAAGCAAUGAUCGAAGCUAGUCAAUCGAUGGACAGUACCUCGAAUACUAACACCGAUAGCGAAAGCGUUGCCGAGAGUGGAAUGUCCGAAUCGGAAGGUGAAGAACAAAUUAACGUGAAAGAGCUGCGGGUUCCGCUGGAAAAGGGUUGGCGCCGGGAAACGGUUAUUCGUGGUCUGACGAAGAACGGUCAGAUCAAGGGAGAAGUGUUCUACUAUCCACCGCAAAGUUUGAAUAAGAUGAAAGGAAUGAAUCAGGUUCAACUGUACUUGGAUCAGUUCAAACCAAAAGACUUGUCGCGGGAUAAUUUCAGUUUCUCGGCUAAAGCUAUCGUUGGAACGUUUCUCCAGCCGGCUCCCCCUCCAUACGCGACCGAUGGUGAGUUCAUCAAAAUGACCGACACGGAAGUUGCCCGCCGGCUAGAGGAACUGAAAAUGUUUACUAGACACACUGCUUUAGGUGUUGAACAAAGAAUCGAAAUCGCCAAACAGCAGCAGGCUCUGAGGGAUGCAAAGAAAAUGGCAAAGGAUGAAAUUAAUAAAAUCAAGGAAAAGGCACGGCAGGCGAAAGAGGCAGAACGCAAUGAACGGCUAGAACAGCAACGAAAGGAGCGGGAAUUGAAAAAUCAACAGGCUUUGGAGGCUAAGAAAAAACGUGAAGAGGAACUUGCGCGCCAGAAAGCCGAAGAAGCUGCUCGUAAACAGCAGGAGAAAGAACAGAAACGACAACAGGCUUUAUUGCAAAAAGAGCAGGAACUCGCCAAACAGAAAGAGCUGAUGUACGCCGUUGAAAUGGAACGUGAAAGACGACGGCAGCACAUGGCCCUAAUCAAGCAGCUAGAACUUCGACGAAAGUUCGAUGAAAAGGAGAAAAAGAAACAUCAGGUCAUCCUGGACAAACUGAUUCAACGUGAGAAGAAGCUGGCCAUGCGAAAACGUGAUACCAGCAUUCUUCAGGAGUUGAGAAAACCACAGGAAGAUUCGGAAAUCGGUGACCAGCCCGAAUUGCCGGAACUGUCGCGAAUUCCGGGCCUGAAGCUCACUGGAACUGGUUUUGCUGAUCUGUUGAUGGUGUUCGAAUUCCUGCACAAUUUUGGCGAAACCCUCGGUUUCGGUGAGUCAACGGAUAUGGAAUCGCUGCCGACGUUACAGUCGCUUCAUGCAGCGCUUACUUGUGACAAUGCCAUCGAUGCCGAAGAGGAACUGCUCUCCGUUAUGACCCAUCUGUUGGUAUGUGCCAUCGAAGAUCCGGGCAUUCCGAACCCGGGACGUCACACAACACUGCUGGGACAGACGUUGCGCCAGGCAGAUAUCACCCACUCGAAUGUGUCGGAGAUUCUUCGGAUAUAUCUGUAUGCGGUGGCGAUCGGUGAGGUCAAACAGCAGAGUGGCAUUAAUCUGGAGCGAGAGAGAGAACGGCACCAUCUGCCCACCGAAGAAGAUAUAAAGACUGCCAGCGACAAGAAUCGACAGUUUUAUGGUUUGCUGUCCGAGAAUGUACGGUACAAACUUUCGGAACUCCUAAAGGAUAAACCAUUCGUGUCGAUCAAUCCGACAACCAAAACACAGAUCCUGGCUAUGCUGUGCAAUGAUUUGCUACUGAACAAAGCAGUUUGCAAGCAAAUUGAAGGUAGUCUGGAUGCACAAGCUCAACUUAAAAAGGAACGUUAUUUGCUGGAUAAUAAAAUAAGAAAAUAUAAAAUGAUGGUAGCAAGAAAGCAACGGCUUGAACAGUACGAGAAGGCCCAGGCGGCAGCGUUGGAAAAGUCACUUUCUAUGAAGGCGGCCGAAGAAGCUAAACGGUCCGAGGAAGCUGCUGCCGCUGCUGCUAUGGACGAUGGAGGUGAAAUAAUAAAUUUAGAUGACCAACCAGGGGAGGAGAAGACUGAAGGUUGUGAAGUCGUGAAUGUCGAAGAAACUGCUAUUGGUGGUGCUACGGUGGCCGAAGAGGAAACUCCUGCUACUGCGGCUGCUGUACCAGUAGCAGAAACUGAAUUCAAUCAUAAAGACGAAACAUCGGUCAAUCCUAGCCAUGAACCUGUUUUUUUAAACAACGGAAGCAGUACUCCGAUGGAAGAAAGUCCGAUUAAAGUCCCACCAAACCCGCAACUUCAAGACGAUUCGAUGAUCAAAUCGAAGGAGAUGAGUUACUCCGAAAUGAGCGAAAUGUCGGGCCUAAAUGUAUCGCAGCAACCCACCACAACCGGUGACUUGGAUAAUCCGUUCUCCAAGUCUAUGAUACACGAUGCUCCGAGUGAAAGAAACUAUGACGACAACAGUGACCUGGAAAGUGAAGGAACACAGAUGGAAGAAGAUGAAGAUGCACAACUGACUGCCGAGGAAGCACAGAAGAAAUACGACAAGAUUCUUGAGGAAUCGUUCCAAAACAAACAACAACUGGAAAACGCCCUCAAUCAGCUACGUGUCAAGUGCUACGGGCAGGAUCGUUACUGGCGUAGGUAUUGGAACUUGUCGAAAUGUGGAGGCAUCUAUGUUGAAGCGAUGGAAUCAACCCAGCCGGAUGUGAACAAAUACGAGAAUGCUCUCGAGGAGGCAUUUGCUAGUCAGGAGGCAGAGGUUGCUGCUGCGACUGCUACCGCAGAACCAAGCACAGCGGCAACGGCAGUGGUUGACAACAUUAUUGCUGGGACAGAAUGUGAAGAAAUACCCCCCGAAGAUGAUCUACCUCGUUUUAUUCCUACCAUAGCAGAUAUCGUGAAGCGCGAUCGUGAUAAGAAUAAAGAAAACAAAGAUUCCAACGAGUUUUCGCAUCACGUCGGACUGGAAGAUCGCAAACGAAAACGAUCAGGUCGAAGUAAAAAGAAGCACGAUUUCUACAAUCAGGAAAGUGCAAACGAUAGCGAAUCCCAGGACGUCCAGGAGGAAGAUAAUUCCAGGACGAGUUUCAGCAAUUGUGAUGAAAGUAGAAUGGAUCUACAAUCGGAAACAGAUCAUGCACCAUCGAUAGUGACACCGGUCGAGCAAGCACUGCAAGCGCUAACUCCUGCUCCAGUUAUCGUGCCACCACCAAUGGUUCAGGAACCCCCGGUACCGGCUCCUAUUCCAUUGGGUGUGAAGAAAAAACGUGAGGACGACCAUCUUAUGGACAUCGAAGAUUCUAUUCCGACGGCUAUUUUGGUGCAAAAAGGCAACAACCACGACGAAACGAAGAUUGUUGAGGUGAACAAUCAGAUUGGAGGCGUUAAUGUGAGCCGACAGCAUGAUGAUGGAGAUGUUCAACUGGUGCAAGAUGAAACUCCGACUAUCACCAUUCCGGAUGAUGACACCGAAAGUGGAGAUGCCAAUCACCACCAACCGGCGACAAUGGCUGGUAUGCAGCAGGAUGGUUUCGACCAGAACUCCCUGAUGAUGGCUGGCGGUGUCGUCGGAAGUAACUGUGAUAUUAAGCCAAAGCUGGAGAACGGUGAAAUCGGCUCUAGCUGUGAAUCGGGCGAAGAAGGUAGCAAAGCUCUCUAUGGAAACGAUGUGGAAGUGAUCGAAGUGAAGGAGGAAAAGGUGAAAUCCGAAUUCAAGCACGAUAUGAACCAAUAUUUGAUGGAACGAUGGUUCUCUAUUGUCGAUAAAGAUCUGCCAUUGUCGAGCAUGGAAUGUCCGUUACCAUCGAUUAAGGGAAGCACUCCUGCUUCGAUGGCCCGUCAAGUGUAUACGAAUAUCACUUGCCGUGAGAUUUGCCAGGUUCAGGGCAAUCGAUGGGACAUUGGCAACAAUAUUCAAUUUUUCAGUGUUCCUUUGGAUAGAGGUGUUGAGAUUCAUUUUAAAAAUGAAUCAAUUCUAUCACUUUCUGGGCUGGAUGAAGACGAAAUGAAUGACGUUAUUGCUAAAAAGGUGAAGAAGGAACCGGAACAGCUGGUUGAUCUGAAACCGGUCGCAAAGCGAGAGUCCAUUGAUGAGAACAAUGCGGAAUUGAAACAUGACAUCAAGCAAGAAGGGGAAUCGGAGGAGUUUGGUUCUUUUUCACUUCCCGCUUACAUGACAUUAACGUUAAGUAACUUGACCGCUUACGUCCAGUGUGAUCAGUUUCAGCCUCUGCAAAUGACUCCAGAAGAGAAGAAACAGUUGGAAGAAAUCAAAGCGCUGGGAUGUUUGCAGAAACCGGAAAUUAAACCUAUUCAUAAACAACUUCGCCACGGUUGGUGGAAAAUAGAUGAAAUAGAUGAAUUGAAUGAUUUCAUUAAAUCGCUCAAUCCACGAGGAGUACGUGAGCGUAGUUUGAGGCAGAAUUUGCUUGAAUCUCUCUCGGAUAGUGUGAAUUUGACUACGCCUUAUCCAGUGGCACUUCCAAAGAACAAUGCUGUCUCGUACGGCUGGAUUGAGUCUGAGGCGUGGAAUGCGUGGAAUCCGGCGAUAGCCCGCCGUGUAGAGGUUGCUCUACUGGAUCAGAUCGAAGCCAUGGAGGAUAAGGUUGCGUCCGCUUCGAUGCAGAUAAAAGGAUGGCAAAUUCCCCAGCGGGAAGGAGACAGUGAUAACGACGUCGUAGAGGAAGUUACCAUCGAUAUUCUGCGGGAUCGGAUAGCUGGACUGGAGGCGGCUAUCGAGAGACGUUAUCUCAAGCCGCCACUGGGAAUCAAUACGACGGAAGCACAAAUGGCUGUCAUCGCACAGCAGGAACACAAUCACAGCACGUCGCUUGCAAAUACGUCCAACUGCUCAAAUAGUUCGGAGGAUGAGAACAUUCCGAAAGGUUUAAUGUCAUGGCGCGACGCAGUCGAACGAUCAGUCACUACCGCCCAACUAUCGAUGGCACUGUACGUGCUGGAAUCGUGCGUCGCGUGGGACAAGAGCAUAAUGAAAGCGAAUUGCCAGUUCUGCCAAUCGGGAGAACAGGAGGAUAAGUUGUUGUUGUGUGAUGGAUGCGAUCGGGGUUAUCAUACCUAUUGCUUUAAGCCUCGGAUGGACAAGAUUCCGGAUGGUGAUUGGUAUUGCUUCGAAUGUAAAAACAAGGCUACCGGUGAUCGAAAGUGUAUCGUUUGCGGUGGACAACGGCCUCCCCCGUUAGGUAAGAUGGUCUAUUGUGAACUGUGUCCUCGGGCUUAUCAUCAGGACUGCUACAUUCCACCCAUGCUGAAGUAUCCUCGCGGCAAAUGGUACUGCCAAAACUGUAUCUCGAAAGCCCCUCCCAAGAAGAAACCUCAGCGCAAACCGAAAGAGAAGCAAAAUCACAACUCCUCAUCAUCGCAGCUGAACCAGUCCAGUUUGAGCAAUCAAUCAGCGAACCAAUCGCUGAACUCAUCCCACGAAGAGAUCCCACCAUCGACGACGCCCACGGCCAUGCCCGGAACCCCAAUCCCCAAUACCAUCUCGAACGCAAACACCAUUCCUUUAAGUCCAGCACAUUCAGUAGCAUCCACGAGCCAUGAAGAGCUGUCGUCGACUACUGCCAUCGUAGCCCAGUGUUCAUCAGCGACGAUACCAAUGCAGUUAGAUUUUAGUCAUCAGCAGCCUCAUCAUCACCAGCAGGCAGUUGCAUUUCCACAGCAAGCGUACUCCAAUCUCGAAGGUACACCGGCAUCCAAUGUACUCAACAGCUUCCAACUGCCAGCACCGCCACUGGCAAACAGUUACGACCCGCUGCAACAACAGCAGCACCAACAACAGCAACAACAACAUCAACAACAGAAUCAAUUACAUCAACAGCAACAUUAUCAGCAUUAUUAUCAAUCUCAACCCCAGCAACAGUAUUAUGGUCAGCAGCCACCACAAAUACCGGACUACAAUGUGUACGCCCAUCAGCAGCAGCAACAGCAACCACAACUACCGAUCCCAGAAUCUCAUCUUUAUCAUCCAGCUGCUGGUAGCAGUGUCACUGGCAUGGCACCUCACACUAUGCAACCCAACGAUAAUAACAGCAGUAUGGAAAUUAGCAGCCUCAAUGCGUCUAUGGCAAGCAAUGACGGUUCCCAGUACGAGGGACAUCACACACCACAGCAACCCUGCCAGGAUAAUAGUGGCAGCAGCGGGGGUAGCAGCAUAACCACUUCUACGCCAACCCCGGGUUCCGGUUCGGCUGGGUACUACUCGCCAUCCAGUGCGAACGCGUGCGCUUCCGGUUCCGGGUACGAUUCGGAAAAGCACUGUGAAUCGUCCGAGGAACAGCCCCACUCGAUGUCAGCGAGCGGUUCGCACAAGUCCGACAAAAAGGACCGCAAGGAACGGGACGAAGCGAGAGAGCAAGCCAAAAAGGAAAAGAAAGCCACUAAAAAGCUGAUGAAGGAGUUGGCCCCGUGCAAGACGAUCCUGGAGGAGAUGGAGGUGCACGAAGAUUCCUGGCCAUUUCUUCUGCCGGUGAAUACGAAACAAUUUCCAACCUACCGAAAAAUUAUUAAAUAUCCAAUGGAUUUAUCAACCAUCAAAAAGCGCAUACAGGACAUGAUCUAUAAAUCCCGCGACGAUUUCAUCAACGAUGUGCGGCAAAUCUUCGACAACUGUGAGGUGUUCAACGAGGACGACUCUCCGGUGGGCACGGCUGGCCAUGGAAUGCGCAAGUAUUUCGAGCAGCGGUGGGCCGAACUGACCGAGAAACACUCAUCAUGAUAUCACGCCGGCAGCGGAGCCGCCAACCAAAAACCGCCACCAGAAGCAGCAAACGUUGCAACAGUAACAACAGCAGCAGCAGCAGAAACAGCAGCCGCACCGGGAGAAAUUAUGUCACAUGGGAAUUUGUUGGAGCACGACAAGGGAGAAGAAAGUUUCCUACCAACGUCGUGUAUUGUACCGGCAUCUACUGCUGAUCAGGACGAAGAUGAAGGUGAUAUUGCAAUGGCAAUGGAAGAAGAGCACGAAGAGCGAGACUAGCAGCAGCAACAACAGCAGAUUCAGGCUGUCGAAAAGAAUAGUAACCUUGCAGCAGGUGGUUCCGGGGAUGAUUAGAGGUUUAGAUUUAAUUGAUUUCGUAUUAGUAAACUCGCCAAGCGAGUGUCAUGCACCAUGUGAGAGGAAAAUACCGUCGCAGUAUUUUUUUACUUUCCCCUGUGUCGUCUGUACAUUUUAUCUUCUGUUUUUUUUCAAUUGAUUUACACUGUCUCAGUCCCAUGUGAGAAUGCUGCAAAAUCACCACCAGUUUGGAGUAACAAAAUUCAGUAUUGUUCGGUAAACGAAAGCGAGACUAUAGCCAUUAGUCAUUUGAACUCGACUUCAAAAUUAAAAUAUAUCAAAACAAACAAAAAAAAAUCCAUUACUCAACAUUAACUUAAAUGUAUUCAAGCAAGAAAAUAGACUGUUUUACAAGUAAUGAAACAAAAGAUAACUUAUUAAAAAAAACUACGAACUCCCUCUACCUUUAGCAUUUAGAAGUUCAGAAGUAAAACGACAAAUUCCUUCAAAAUUGCAUCAAACAUUGAUAGACACGUGAUUGAGUAGAGAUAUGUGGGACAAACAAGAGUAUGACCACUUUAAAGUGUAUGUGACCGCUAAAUUUGGAAGAUACAGUUGAUUCGUAGGAUUCAUGCAAAUAUAUUUUUAUCACUCAAACUUGGUUUCCAACACGCAAACGCUAACCAAACCAUACAAAGAUGCUGCAGGAAAAAAAAAUACUUUUGCAGUUCAUAAUAAAAUCACACAAUCGUUUGCUUUGGAAGUCCCACACACACUCGGAGGUUUGUAUUUCCACAGCGUGGAAAUACGACCAAACUGACUUGUAAAUAGUAGAGUUUAGUAUUUUUUUUACCGUUAAGUGCAAGAAGUUUUUAAAAUGCGAACGCAGAUCUAUUUAUAAGAACGGAAGAAGAAAACAAUUACUUUUCGCCACCGCAACCUUUUGGUGAUUUCUACUUCUAUGCGAAAGAAAGUGAUAUCAUAUAAACAGGCUAACUCAUUUCUCACAAUCCGGUUAGUUUGUGAAUAUAUAUAUUUUUUUCUCAAACCUCCCGACAACCCGACAACCCGGGAUUUUCGCUUGUGAAGCAUUGAAUGAAUGUGUUUAGGAAUUAAAUCCACUUAAUAUUUUGUUUUUGGUGGAAAUCAAGAAACUGCUACAAUAAUUAAUUGAUAACAAAAAUACUAAAUCAUUGUCAUUGUACGGAAGAAAAGUAGAACAUGUUUCAUAUUUAUGACAGAACAAAAAAAAAAUCAAUCACAUUAGAAUUAUGUGUAAUUUAGGUACUUUCUAGGUCAUUAUCGUACAAUAUUACUGUACAUUUUCGAUUAUUUUUACGUCCCCCUCCCGACCUUCACUUAACAGAAUAUAAAACUACUGAGUUGUAAGUCAGCGCCCCCAAAAGAGAAAUCGAACGGCCGAGUAAAAACUAUAUUUAUGGAAAAUGCAAAAUGAAAUGGCUGCGAAAACAAGAAUGAACAUGAAAUCGACCAACUAACAAUGAUGGUUGUUAACGUUUCGUCGUCAUGUAAUCGCAAGUUCAAUGCAAAAGAAAGAAAGAAAAAAAAACAGAAUAACACAAAUAAACGCAGUAGUGAUUCAAUGUGAAUAUUAUCGAUGUACUGAUUAGAGACUAUGGUAAACGAACACCGCGAGAUUCAUAAUCCACUGCUAAACUACUACAGUAAUAGUGUGUUGUACUAUUUGAAUUUGCUAAUAACUUACAGUGGGUAGAGUUUUCUAUUUUUUGUUUGUUUUGCGUUUCCUAGCAUUAUAUUUCUCGCCCUGUGCGCUUUUUGCAUUGACACACUUACUUUUAUUAUUUUAGAUAUUAACGCUCGCUAGCCAGCUGAACCGGAAGUAAGUGGUAAUUGAACAUUAAUGAAAAUAUGUUAUUAAAUAUGUACAUAUUUUGACGAUUUCGCAAGUAAGGUAUUAAAUAGAUUAAAAUUAUUGAAGAAUAUGAAA